ACCGCCCUGGAACCACGUUCCCGCUGACGCAACGACGCUGGGUUGGGGGAACCCGGAAGCGUUCGCGCAGUGUUUACAUUUUGCUCUUUGUUCGGUGAUAAAUUCCGUUAAAAUGUCUAAAAAACGGUCGCAGAGCGCGGAGAGCCGGAGCCUGCGCUCGGCCAUCGCCGAGCAGCUGUCGGCGGCCGCGGAGGAAAUCUUCCGGCUGCUCACGGAGCCCGGAGACCCGGAGGAGGAGCACCUAAAGCGGUUACUGACGGAGCAGAUCACCGCGGCCGUGGAGAACAUCUUCGCCGCCUUCAGAGCCUCAAGAGCGGCAGAGAAAGCACCGCAGCGGCCCGCUGCAGCCGGAGAGUCAUGUCUGUCGGUAGGUGUCCAGACUCUCUCUGACGCUCCGCCUGGCUCCUCCUGCAGACCAGAUGUUCCUGAACCGGACCGCCGGGCCGACUCUCUGGACCCUCUGGAUGUCGAGGAGGAGGAGGAGGAGGAAGAAGAGGAAGAUGAAGCAGCCUCUCACAGCUGCAGAGUGUGUGGGAAGUCCUUCGACAGGAAAGGCUUCCUGAUGAAGCACGUGGAGAAGCACCUGGCGGAGGCUGCGUGCGUGUGCGGCCUGUGUGGCGAGCGUCUGGAGUCCAGCGGCGCUCUGCAGCUCCACCUCCAGACUCACCGCGACCACAGCCGCACCUGCGACGUCUGCGGGAAGAAGUUCCCGUCCAUCCGCGCCCAGGAGACGCACCGGCGCCUGCACACCGGCGAGAAGCCGUUCCGCUGCUCCGUCUGCGGGAAGGGCUUCAGCCAGAAGGGCAACAUGGCCACGCACGCCCGCACGCACGGCGCCCAGAAGCCCUUCAGCUGCGACGUCUGCGGGGAAGCUUUCAGCAAGGGCGCCGACCUGAGGCGCCACGCACGCAGCCACCAACCGGACAGCAAGACUCCGGGUUCCAGCAGACGCAGGAAGUCGAGUCUGACGCCGUCUCACCGCUGCAGCGUCUGCGGGAACGCCUUCCACAACAGAGGGAAUUUCGUGCGGCACGCAGAGACGCACCUCAACGACCCCGAGUGGCGCUGCGGUGUCUGCGGCGAGCGGGCCGAGUCCUCGUCCGAUCUGCAGCUCCACAUCCAGAGCCACAGAGAAACAGGCCGUGUGUGCGAGAUCUGUGGCCUCAGCGUCCGGGACAUGGAGGUCCACAUGAGGACGCACAGCGGGCAGAAGCCCUUCAGCUGCUCCGACUGCGGGAAGGACUUCCCCAGGAAGGGCUCUCUGGAGAGACACAGGAAGCUGCACGCUGGCGAGCGCCCGUACAUCUGCGAGUUCUGCGGCAAGACCUUCGUAGAAAACACGGUGCUGAAGAGACACAUCAAGAGCCACACAGGAGGGAAGCCACGGAUUUACGCCUGCGAUGUCUGCGGGAAGAAGUUCACCAUGAGCCAGCACCUGGACGUGCACAAGAGGAUCCACACGGGCGAGAAGCCGUAUGCCUGCAGGGUCUGCGGGAAACGCUUCCGGCAGAUCGGGAACCUGGACUCGCACACACGGAUCCACACGGGCGAGAAGCCGUUCGUCUGCAGCCUCUGCGGGAAGACCUUCCGCCAGAAGAUCUCGCUGGAGACGCACGAGCGCUUCCACAAGAAAGAGAAGGCGUUCGGCUGCCCGCUGUGCAGCAAAGGCUUCGUGCAAAAGAUCGACCUGAAGAGGCACCUGCUGACGCACAGCGGCGAGAAGCCGUACGCCUGCCGCGUCUGCACCAAGAGCUACCAGGAGAAACGCUCGCUGGACUCGCACAUGAAGGUACACGCCGCCGCUGCAGCCGCGCAGCCGGACGCCAUGGAGGCAGCACCGCUACCGCCGAACCUCAAGCGUCAGGACGGAGACUUCAUCCAGCUGUGACUCCAUCCAGCUGUGACUCCAUCCAGCUGUGACUCAUCCAGCUAUGACUCCAUCCAGCUGUGACUCAUCCAGCUGUGACUCCAUCCAGCUGUGACUCAUCCAGCUAUGACUCCAUCCAGCUCUGACUCAUCCAGCUGUGACUCAUCCAGCUGUGACUCCAUCCAGCUGUGACUCAUCCAGCUGUGACUCAUCCAGCUGUGACUCAUCCAGCUGUGACUCAUCCAGCUGUGACUCAUCCAGCUGUGACUCAUCCAGCUAUGACUCCAUCCAGCUGUGACUCAUCCAGCUGUGACUCAUCCAGCUGUGACUCAUCCAGCUGUGACUCCAUCCACCUGUGACUCAUCCAGCUGUGAUUCAUCCAGCUCUGACUCCAUCCAGCUGUGACUCAUCCAGCUGUGACUCCAUCCAGCUGUGACUCAUCCAGCUGUGACUCCAUCCAGCUGUGACUCAUCCAGCUGUGACUCAUCCAGCUAUGACUCCAUCCAGCUCUGACUCAUCCAGCUGUGACUCCAUCCAGCUGUGACUCCAUCCAGCUAUAACUCCAUCCAGCUCUGACUCAUCCAGCUGUGACUCAUCCAGCUGUGACUCCAUCCAGCUGUGACUCAUCCAGCUGUGACUCAUCCAGCUAUGACUCCAUCCAGCUCUGACUCAUCCAGCUGUGACUCCAUCCAGCUGUGACUCCAUCCAGCUAUAACUCCAUCCAGCUCUGACUCAUCCAGCUGUGACUCCAUCCAGCUGUGACUCCAUCCAGCUAUAACUCCAUCCAGCUGUGACUCAUCCAGCUGUGACUCAUCCAGCUGUGACUCCAUCCAGCUGUGACUCCAUCCAGCUCU